AUGUCUGGUGGAGAUGUUUCAAAAUUAAUGAGUGCAAUUAAGGAUGGGUUGCAUGCUGAGUGGGCUGAAUUCAAGAAGUCUAAACAGGUUACAGUAAAACCUGUAUGUGCCUAUGCCAUUGGAGGCCAGCGGGACACUCCUAUAUCAGCACUAACUAGCAUUAGUGCAGGAGUGUGUGAGUGGGAAGAAUGCUUGAAGCAUACAAUUGACCCUACCGUCGACAAAGCACGAGGUGUGCUUCUCUCCGAGGUCAUGGUAGGGGCAGAGGGACAAGUCAUGCUCUACCCUGUGCGUCGUCACGUUCCAAUCGAUGCAGGCACUUCUACCCCAGGAAGUAUAGUCUCGUCAACUUCAAAGGCAGUGGAGCCAAAAGUUGUUCCUACUGUUGCCAUUGGAAAGCCUAAACAUUUAUCACCUAAAGCAAUGUUAUUGUCUAUUAUAGAACAAACAUCAAAUUACAUGUUAGAUCAUGUAAAAAGAGUGAGUGAAAAUGCUUUUAUAGCAGGUAACAACAAGAUCUUAUUUAUAUGUCUGGCAUCAGCUGCUCUUGUGAGAAGUAGACUCAGUGCUUACAAGGACAUUCUCAAACAACCUACCUCAAAGAAUAUGACAACUGCACUUGGUCGGUGUGGUGAGGUUGUGGAGUUUAUGAUGCAGAAUAUUCUGAGCUACAACUGUGACCUACUCCAUUCAUCAUUACUGCACGAUGCUGCAAGCCACGACUGGACAAAUCCUAAGCCAUACCAAGAAAAUGGCAGAUCAUCAUUAACUCUCCAGAUGUGGUCAUUCUAUAUGCAAGGUAUACGUAAUGACCUCUGGCGGUACACUUCACCACGCAUCAGUGAGAGUAUUCUGGCCAGUAUCUUCACUGACACCCUUAGUCUUCUAGUAACAAGAUAUGCCCAGAUUGAACCAAGUGAUGUGCGGAUGUUGCAAUACUCAGCAGACAUAGUGGCAAUUCUUACAGUUGUGGCAGCCUUUCUGCCCUCCCUUAUAGCCUCUCCAACGAUGUUUUUCUCUGUGCGGAUCCAUGAAUCAGUUGCACUGCCUAUUCAUCGUCGAGCAGACUUGUUACUGAAAGUUGCUGCCCUUAAGUGUGCCCCAAUUGAAAUUCUUGCACGGAUAUUCCACAAAGGGUUCGACAAUGCAGUAAAAAGAACUGGCUACCCAGACUCCCAGACCAGUAUUGAUUCAACCCCUGCCUGGCUUACCUUCCUCAACCCAACCUUGUUUCCCCGAGGAAGGUCAUCUCUUGCUUACAUAGGGGACAAUGUUGCUGUUUAUCUCACUUUACUUACUGUAGCCAGUCGACCUCAGCCUCAGUACCCACUCAUUAUCAGGGGUUUACUGAUGCGUCAGUUUCUUGGCACCAAGAUAAUUAUGGCUGGUCUGCAUGAUGCCCCAGGCCAAGUGACCACUGGAGAGCCUUGUGGUGGACCUUUGUGUAUGAAGCAUCUCUGUACGCCACCUCUCAUCCCUCACACUGUUUAUGCUGCUGUUGUACAGAUACUGGUGAAGUGUGUAGACUGGACACCAGCUUUGUGUCGACUCUUAAGUCCUGGAGUCAAGCAGUCUGGCUUGUGGGAUUCUCUUGACCGUACUCAGGUGUGGAACAUCCAGCGGCCGCCCUGGCAUCAUGCUCUCGUACAGCUUGUUACUCCCAGUGUAGCGGGAGUUGUAUCAGAGGUUAUAAGGGCAGUUCCCCCACUACCACCAGCCAAGCCGGCUCACCCAAGCCAGUUGUCUGUGCGUUUAGAGCAUCACCUAGCUGCCUGGACUUUACAAUUGCUGACGGGGAUGGAAGGAGUUGCUGACACUGUGCCCAUGUCCGUCAUAUUUGUGGCACACACGAUCAACUCAUACUUACCACCAACCAUCAAGCCUACUGGAGGCCAUGUAAUAACUCAGAUAGUGGUGAAUGCCUUGUACUCGGCCAUCAACUCUCGUGCAUCUCUGGACGAAUUGAGUGACUCGCCAAUCACGGAUGGACAGUGGGACAUGAUGAUUGCUGUGGGAGAACGGCUGUGCUCUCUGCAUGACGGCAACUAUGAUACUCACUUGAAGCAGAUGACACAGUCGUUGUUGGCACAGCUUGAAGAAAUGGAAGAUAAUGGUGAGGAAGACAGCCUUGAUGAGUACACUGAUGAAGAUGUGAUAGAGUCUGUGUGCACCGCCUUAACUAACACUGUUCUCUCCUCUGUUCAGGGCCAGCACGCACUAGUGGUAGUGUGGGAGUUCCUGAAGAGAAACAUGGAGUGGGUGCAAGAGACCCUUGGAGUUCCUGCUAUCCUUCCCCUCACCUCUCCUCACCCACCACCACAACUCAGUUUUGCUGCAGAACCUUCCCUCUACAACCCCAUUCAUUACUACAAACGUGCAGUCUACACUCGUCUGGACCAGGAAAGCUUGAUAAGCUUUAAAGGUGACUGGGAGACAAUUUUAUGGAGUGAUUUGGGACUGCCAAAGGAUACCAUCAUUGACUUUGUUAAGACGAGGGCUGAAUUCCAGGAGGAGGCUGUUCUUACCAAGAGCCAGAAAGCAGCUGUUAAGAAACUGAAACCUUUUCUCAAUUGGACAGAUGAUCCAGAUAAUAAAAUUGAAGCUAAACAUUAAAUUAGAAAUGGUAUGCAGUUGAUUGUAAUUUUACAAAGUCAAUUACCACCAAAAAUAUAUAAUUAUGACUUGUACAUUGAUUUUGUAUUGAUAAUGGUCUAUCUCUGGUACUUAUGAACUUUAACUUCUGCUGUUGAGCUUCUAUUUUAGUUUUGAGUAAUAAACAUGCCAAGCAUAACUUACAAAUAUAUCUUAAUUAAUAAUGUACAUGGUGGACAACUAACCAACACAAAACAAUAUUUGCUUAAUAUCAUCAUGGUCAGAUUAUGUCACUAGAUAGGAAAUAAAUGAUACUGACUAUGACUUGAAAACAAGUGUAGGAUUUUACCAAGAUUGUAAGCUAAUCUACAUUCACAUGUCAUCAUUAUGUUUAUAUUGUACCAGCAUUUAUUGAUUAUUCUAAACACUUGGAGAUAUGGUUUGUAUAUGAUAGUAAAAGUAAGUUUGAGUUUUGAGUGAUUAUAGUUAUAUGAGUGCUUCUAGUCACUAGCAAGAACCUGUGAACAUAAAAUACUGUAUCCUAAGAUAGAUUAUACAAGGUGCUCAUUUAAGCUGGAUAUGUGCCCUUUUGUAUGUGUGACAUCCAGAUGACCAAAUCCAUAGAAUUAUAAUUUUAGAUCGGUAUAUUUUAUUAAGAAUCUGUGGGAACAAGGUUAUACUAUUCCAAUAUUCCCAGGAGGACCUACACACCAGAAUGCCCUUGUUAUAUAUUGUAUACUUUGCAUAAAUGCAAAAAAUUAACAUUAGUCAUCUUAAAUAUUUAAAAUAUUCAAUAACAAGCUGUACUUGUAACAGUCAGUGAUGCUAUUCAAAUGCAAUACCUGGUUUUGAAGGUCAAUUUACAUUCAAUGCUCAAAUCAUUCGUGUCCUCUAGGUGUUUAGCUCAAUAUAAUACAGUAUUUUUAGAUGCAAGUUUUUGUACGGCUUCGUCAUAUCACAUGCUUAGGCAUCUUGAUCCAUUUAUAAUCAAGCUAUGUUCGUGACUAACAGUUGAGGAACCUGGGUUUGGUUCCCAAGCGGCGCAGAAAUGGUUUGGUAUGUUUUCUUUUGCCUGAUGUGCCUGUUCACCUAGCUGUAAAUUAAUACCCAGGAGUUAGGCAAUAGAUGUGUGCUGCAUCCUGGAGAAGAUUAGUAGUUCCUUCUAGGUGGGACCUAGAAGGAAAAAACAGCUUGGGAAAAACAUUAUUUCAUUAGAAAAUAUAUUGGCUUGCAUAACUGACAGUAGGAAGGUACAGAGGAUUCACUGCUCAUUUAAAUAAAUCCCUGCCCAAAAUUUUGUUUUGGCAUACAAUACAUGAUCCACUGUCAACAUUUGGUUGCAAGUAACCCUUUCCACUAUUGCCCAAAGGAUUGGUAUCGGGUGCAUAAUAAAUGAACUAAGAAAGUUGGGCGGAUAUUUGCAUUAAUUCCUUGGUAUUCAUUAAAUCAAAUGCACUUUAAGACUGUCUUUUUGUACAGUUUUACGAGGAUUAAGGUUAAGAUUUUACAUGCUUACUAAUGCAUACUGUGAUUCGAUAACUACCAAAGGGUAAUUGCCUCAGUCGUUUUGUUGCACUCUUGAACACUACUGUAUUAUAUCUAAGUGCUAAACUGCUUGGGAAAAUAGAUCAUUACUGAUAAUGUAACAUAUUUUAUUGAUCAGACUUGUUUGAAAAGAUGAAUUUGUUGAACAAUCGGUUACAAGGGAAAACUGUUGCCUAUAUCUUGCAAAGAGGCUAUUAUCCUUUCCUUGGUAAAAAAAAACUAUUCUGGAAUUGUACUGGAUGUCACAAAUUAAUGUAAUUUCCAUCCAUGGCUUCUGUUGACACAGAAUUUCACAAAGAUUAUUUUGUGUAUGUUGAGCAUUACAAGUAUAUGUAUGUUUGCAAUGCUCAAGUGAGAUGGCAAAUAAAAAGGGCAAAUAGAAUUUCUGAAUAAGUGGUGUAAUUGCAGAUAAGUUUCCACAAGUCUGGGAAAAGGCAAAAUUAUUUUUUAUCAGAUUUCCCACUUCUUAUAUGUUCAAAUCUUGCUUAAGUAGUGUUCUUCACUUGUUAUCAAAAGCUUGUAAUCGUUUUGAUGUUAUAAAAAUUAGAGGUCUUCAUCUAUCUUUAACAAUGCUACAACUAGAUAUUCAAAAGCUGGCUAGUUUGCAUCAGCCUCAAGAAUCUCAUUAAGUAUUGGCAAAAAUAUUGUGGCAAUACUGUAUAUUAGGAUCAAGUAACCUAUGUAUAAGAUUGUAAUUAAAAAAGAAUUAGUAUAGGAAUUCUAUUAUAAAUAAAGAGUAGCCGAUAAA